UAUGUGGUUUGUUUGGCAUAAUGACGUAGCCAGUCAGUGAUUUGACAAAUUGAUUCGUAGUUUCCCACAUUCCAGUGUCUGAUAAGCAUACCGCCGGAAAACACGACAAAUAUGGAUCAAAGUGAUAAAAGUGAAUGCGCGAAUGGGAACAGAGGAGAAUCGUCAGAAUCAAAUAAGGUGGACUCUCUGAAUCUGAGAAUGGAUCUAGAAGAGGAGGACGACGAUGAGGGCAUGAAACAGAAGGGAAUGUCAGCAGCAGCAGCAGCAGCUGACAACCAGUUUCAGUUGCAGGAAGAUGGAGGGGACAGCCCCAGAGCGCCCAUAUUCGUAGCAGGUCGAUCCCCGCGGUACGUCAAGCAGUCACCGCGCAAAGGAGACCCGGGAACCCUUGUCUACGAGGCGCAAGCUUCCCACCCCACUCAGCACAGCUCGGCCUCUCCCCUCAAAAUGUCACCCAGGGUACAGCUAUUAGCCAAUGACUCCACUGUAUCUGCUCCACACAAUCUCAAUCAGCCUACACCUGUGGUAAUGGCAGCAGGCUCACCUGGUGGUGCUGUGAAUCCUAUGUUGAUGUCUCCGCUUCGCUUUGGCCAGUCUCCCCUCAGUACCUCCCCCUCUGGAGGCACAGGAGGGGGCAUGAGUCUGGAAGAACUGAUGAAGAGUGCGGAAACUGCAGCUAAUUAUAAGCUGAUGCAUGAUAUUGCUACAGACAACACAUUCAAACUAUCUCCCAGGCAGCCACUCCCAGACAGUCUGGAGGGUAGGAUCAAGGCCAUGAUGGAGAAGGCAUUCUGGGAUCUAUUGAAGGAGGACCUGGAAUCAGAGGAGCCCGUUUACGAACAGGUGCUGUCUCUACUACAAGAUAUCAAAGAGACGGUAUUAGACAGUCUUCUACAAACUGACAACUGUGCUUCAAUCGCGGCUGAGUUCAGAGAGAGACUGGACUUGGAUCUAAUCAGACAGCAGCUGCAAUCUGACCCCGCCUCCUUCCAACUCACUCACUACUCCACCCUCAUUCUGGACACUCUGGCUAGAGUGUGUGCCCCCUGUAGAGAUGCGAGGAUAGCUCAAUUGAGAAACACCACGGACACUGUUGUCAUGCUGAGGGAAUUGAUGAAGACGCUGGAUCUGAUGAAGUUAGACAUGGCCAACUACUUGAUAGAGCAGAGCAGACCCCUCCUGCAGAUGCACUCGGUGGAGACGGAGAGGAGACACUUUGACGCUCUACUGCAGGCUCACAAGACAGAAGACAAGGUUGAUGCUCUACAUCGCACGAAAGAGUGGCUGUGCCGUGCCAGACAAAGACUCAUAGAGGACCCCUCUCUGUCUGACAAACCUCAGUCUGCAGUAACAUCUAGCAGCGGGAGUGGGGGACCAACUGGGAGGGAGAUUUUACAUGAGGCCUUCAUGGAACUGCUGGACUGGAGGCAUCCGAUCGAGAACAUUCCAGAGACGUGUGUUGUGGACGUUGUUCGUGUGAAGGAGUUAGCUUGGGAGUACAAGACAGUGGUGCUGAGUGGAUGUGUACUGCUCAUUACCCUCAACACAGUGGGGCUGGGGACAGUAGUGUCUCCCCCGACUCCUUCAGAUAGCCCCGACUCCUCCUCUUUAUCAACUUCAUCCUCCUCACUUCAGGCUCAAUCUCUCGUGGAUAGAAUCAAGAGUAAAAUCAAGGACAUCCUGUCCCAGUCGCCGUGUGUUUCCAGUCCAGAGGAAGAGGCGCUGGACGGCAUAGUAGACCAGACUGUGAAGUGUGCAUACCCUUCUGCUUCAUCUGCUAGCACAGCAACAGUAUCAAGUGGAUCAUCAGCAGCAGCAGAGAAAGAGGAGAAGCUGAGGAGUCAACUGAUGCAAUUGACGGAUAGCAACCACCCAGUCAAGAAACUUCUCCAGCGAAGAGUGCAGCGAUAUCUGAAGACAUGUCUGGACUCUGCCACCCACUCCAACCCAGCCAGUGUUCCGGCUGCCCUAGUGCCAGUGCAGAAAGAGUUGACUCUGUUCACGUCCCACUUCCUCAAAGUGACUUCAUACAAUAGGGAAGUGUACAGACCACACUACACGCAGAUUGUAGAUAAUAUGACCACGACACUCGACUAAACUGGUCAAUCAUCACAGCACAUCACUGCGCGUGUUUUGUUACAAUUUAUGAAUGGCAAAGGUAGUUUAGUUUCCCUUGGUUCGACGUCUCAAAUGAACUGAGGAAUGUUGCAAAUACGAAACCAGAAAAUGACGACAAUGAAAAGUAGCUUCCCCUUUGUGAUGUUUAUUGAUCGACAACUCUGAUGUCGGUUUGAUCAUAAAUUUAACUCUGCAAUCGUUUUUUUUGCAAUCCUGUUUUUUAAACAAAACGAACGCUGUUGACCAAUUUCAAUUUUCCAAAAUUAUAUUUUUUUAAUAUUUUUUGCCCAAAAACGUUGGUAAAGUAUUACAGUGUGAUGAUUGUUUUUGGUUUGUCUCAAAAUUUUUAUCUUAAACGGUAUAGUUACUUUUCCAAAAAGUUAUUUAGGUGCAUGAACAAAAAAUGAUAUCGAAAAAUCAACAAACUAUGACAACCAUGACUGAUAUACAAUUGAAGAGCUACAAAAUGAAUUAUGGAAUGACUUACUGGAUAAAUGAUGAAUAUUUGUGAGUUGUAAAUAAAAUAUAUACUAUAUGGUUUUGUUUUUGUUUCUUUUUGUCAAAUUUGUUGCGUUUAGAGUGAUAUAAUGUGUAACGAAACUUGAAUAUUGUAAAAUUUAACUAAUAGAAAGCAGUCUUGUGUAAACUUCU